AUAAUGUUCCUGUUCCAAAAAAGAUUAAUGACCCUAUCACAAAGCUCUCAGUAACCUAUUAGACUUAAACCUAAGUUCUAUUCAUUGUAAAAGGAAAACAUGCCUAUUCAAAAGGAUCUACCUAAAGUUAAUUUGAUUCAUAAAUUAAAUGAAGCCUCAAAAAUGUCUAAAUCUCAACCCAAAUAAUAAGUACUAAUUACUCAAAAGACUAUUUCCAAAGAUAUUUGGCAUAAAAAGUCUAUUUCCAUGAAAAUGAAAAAAGCUAAUUUUAAAGAUGGUAAAAAGAUUAUCAGUGGAUAAUUAAUCAAAUACAAAAAAGGCGAUUAGAUCUAUGCUUUUCGAUGUAUCAAAGAUACUAUGAAAUAAUGCAAAUUAAAGGAUUUAAAAUUAGAUCAUGAUGUUGAUACCGAUGAUGAAUAAAUUUUUAUGGCAACUAAAAAUAUGUUUAUGAGUUUAUGCUAAAGUAUUAAAAGAGAGUUAUUCAACAAUUAAGAUGAGUAAAACAAUCAAGAAAAUAAAAUUAUUAUAGAUGACGACUUUUUAUGA